UCACGCCAAGAGUGAACAGUCGGCUGCAGGGAAAGAAACGGCAAGGCAAGACUAAACGCUGCAAACAACGCGCCGACGCGUGAAUGACUAUCUCUUUCUGGAUGCAGACAAUGAACGAUGACGAGUGGAGGUGGUGGGUGAUCGUGAGCGCUGGUGGGCUUAGCUAAGCAGCAGAUCUAGGCGCUAAAACUUCAUAGCUUCUAAUACCUCGGGAGGCAAUUUGCGUUCUUAAUUUUUCCACUACUCUUCCAUCAUGUCUAAUAUUGCACCCACCGUCGCGAGGCAGGCCCUGCGCAUUGCCUCUCGUCGAUACCCUUCAUCUGCGUUUUCUCGUGUUUCUAGCAUCCGCCGGCACUAUGUGUCAGAGUCCAAGCCGGCACAGGCUACCGUCUCUAACGCCUCUCCUCUCGAGUCAGCCAUCAAGAAGGAGCAGCGCAGUUUCCUCAAGGAGACGGGAGAAAGAGCAGAGGAUGCAACCAUGCCAACAACAGGCAUGGGCGCUGAUGCCAUGAUGAGUCCUACUGCUGGCAUUCUCAAGCAGGCAACCGUCAUGGAUCAGGGCUCACGGCCCAUCUACCUAGACAUGCAAGCCACUACCCCCAUGGACCCGCGCGUAGUAGACAAGAUGAUGCCCUACAUGACCGGCAUGUAUGGUAACCCCCAUUCGCGAACCCACGCGUAUGGGUGGGAGACCGACAAAGCCGUAGAGGACGCCCGCGCCAACAUUGCCAACCUCAUCGGCGCAGACCCAAAGGAGAUCAUCUUCACCAGCGGGGCUACUGAGAGUAACAAUAUGAGUAUCAAGGGUGUCGCUCGCUUUUUUGGGCGAAGCGGCAAGAAGAAGCACAUCAUCACAGCACAGACAGAGCACAAGUGUGUGCUUGACAGCUGUAGACAUUUGCAAGAUGAAGGCUUUUCCGUCACUUACCUGCCAGUAGGAAACAACGGUCUCAUCGACAUGGCCCAGCUCGAGGCCGCGAUGCGUCCCGAUACCGCCAUUGUCAGCAUCAUGACCGUCAACAACGAGAUUGGUGUUGUACAACCUGUCGAGGAGAUUGGAAAGCUCUGCCGAUCGAAGAAGGUCUUCUUCCACACCGAUGCGGCGCAAGCUGUCGGCAAGAUCCCCCUUGACGUCAACAAGAUGAACGUCGAUUUGAUGUCGAUAUCAGGCCACAAGAUCUACGGACCCAAAGGCAUUGGCGCGUGCUAUGUACGAAGACGGCCUAGGGUCAGGCUCGACCCCAUCAUCAGUGGCGGUGGUCAAGAGCGAGGACUGCGAAGUGGAACAAUCGCACCUCCUCUUGUCAUCGGCAUGGGCGAAGCCGCACGGAUUUGCAACGAAGAGAUGGAGUAUGACACCAAGCGCAUUUCGGCGCUGUCGAACCGUCUCCUCGAAGGCCUGCUAUCACUCGAGCACACCACACUUAACGGUGAUAGGGAGCGACAUUAUCCCGGGUGUGUUAACGUUUCUUUCGCCUACGUUGAGGGUGAAUCACUCCUCAUGGCAUUGAAAGACAUUGCCCUCUCUUCGGGUAGCGCCUGUACUUCGGCGUCGCUUGAGCCUAGCUACGUGCUCCGAGCGCUUGGCAGCAGUGAUGAGAGUGCGCACAGCAGUAUCCGCUUCGGUAUCGGACGCUUCACUACAGACUCUGAGAUCGACUACGUGUUGAAGGCGGUCAAGGAGCGAGUCACAUUCCUCCGCGAGCUGAGUCCGUUAUGGGAACUCGUACAGGAGGGUGUUGACCUUAACACGAUUGAGUGGAGUCAACAUUGAGCGUAGUAGUUGUUUGAUACCCUGGAGGACCUUGUAUAGUAUAAUGACGUACAUUCUUUGGCACAUAUUCUGCCCACGCUCGCUGAAGCGGUUACGAGAAACACGA